GAACUGACAGCUUCCAGGAGUGUUACAGAGAACAGAAGUGUGGCAGCAACCGGGAACUAAGAGCACCUAAAGGACUUUUAUGCAGUUUAUGCAGCUCUUGCCGAAACAGGUCAGGUUGGACCUACCGUUUUAGAGUGACUUGACACAGCUUGUUUCAAGACAAAGAAAAUAAACAGCUUCAAUUCCUUGCCAUCACGGCUUUAUUCAGUAGUUUCGGCAAACUGGAUUCCCGGAGUUCAUCGCCAUGCGUUGCGGGUUUUAGAUACUCGAUGGAGCAGCCUAACUUCUACGAGGUCGACACUCGGCCCGUGAUGACCAGCCUUUCUCAGAACCACCAAAGUGCCUACACCUACAAAGAGCCUUCCCAUACUGCGGACUUGGGUGAAAUCUGCGAGAACGAAAACUCAAUAGACAUCAGUGCGUAUAUUGACCCAGCAGCCUUCAACGACGAAUUCCUCGCAGAUUUAUUUCACAACAGCGCAAAACAAGACAAACCCAAACUUGCGAACAGCGACUUUGACUACCCGAACGGACCCGGUGGGAUUGCCGCCGGACAUCAGCAAAUGUUUGGCUGCAUGAGUAACUAUAUAGACAGUUCAAAACUUGAACCCAUGUAUCCGUCUUCCAGAAUCAGGCCUGUGGCGAUAAAGCAAGAGCCAAGGGAAGACGACGAUGCUAAACAACCUUCUAUACCACCUUCAUACCCACAUCAUCACCAUCACCACCACUCGCAACACCUCCCGCACCUACAGUACCAGAUCGAACAUUGCGCUCAAACAACCAUGCACCUCCAGCCGGGACAUCCAACGCCUCCUCCCACUCCGGUGCCCAGCCCUCACCACCAGCAAAGUGCUCUCCCGGGUGGCUCUUUCAAGAUGAUUGGAGGAGGAGACCGAAGCAAAUCCAAAAAGCAAAUUGACAAGAGCAGUAAUGAAUACCGUCUCCGAAGAGAGCGCAACAAUAUUGCUGUCCGAAAGAGCAGAGAUAAGGCGAAGAUGCGUAACAUGGAGACUCAGCAGAAGGUGAUAGAACUGGCAGCUGAAAAUGAAAGACUUCGGAAAAGAGUGGAACACAUGAGUAGGGAGCUGGAUACUCUGAGAGGAAUCUUCAGGCAGCUUCCCGACGGAUCACUUGUCAAAUCCAUGAGCAACUGUGCAUGAUUUGAUGCAGGAACUAAACGGACCAUGAGGCUGAAAUAACUGAUAGUAUAUGUAAUAUGCACAGUUCUCAAUAUUUCUAAAAAUCACGGACUAAAAAAACAGCAACAAAAUCAGGCAGCUGAGGUAUAAGUACUUGUGCCUUUUGUAGUAAAAUUAUACAAAGGAUAAGCUUGUUUUUCACUUUUACGUAUUGAGAGUGGACAUUGUUUUUAUUUGCCUUUCUAAAAUGUAAACGGAUUUUGUUUUCGGUACGCUAGCAAUAUUUUAAUGCAGCUAAGCUAUAGCUUGCAUUUUAACCCGUUUAUUUGUUGUAUAACAUGCGUUACAUGAACAACAUUUUAAUUGCAAUU